AUGUUCGGUAAAGACAGCCCUGACAGCAGCUGCUCGAGUUUUGAUAUCCCGGAUGGCUCGAUAUCCUGGUGGCCUUCGCUGUCUCCUGCUUCGGACAAUGAAAUUCUCAAUGUCGAUGUGAUCAUGUCACAAUCAAUGGCUCGUUCAAAGCCGACAUCCGCCCCCACAGCAGAACACAUGGAACUGUGUGAUCAGGAAGUCAACGCCGAAUUGAUGAGAAUGUAUCGCGAACAGACCAAUUCUCGCAAAGGGGGUAUUUUCAGUGUCGAUACAAGUUUCGCAAGCGCUGGCAAGCAAACUCGCCGAAGAGAACAAAACCGAGCAUCACAGCAGGCAUACCGUGACCGUCAGCGACACCAAAUCACCGAGCUUCGAGCGCAGAUUGUGUCUUUGCGCCUCGACAACGAAAAACUACAAACCCAGAUUCGUAUGUUAGAAGCAGCUCUGAUGCAAUAUCAAGUGGGGCAACGAAAUUGA